AUGGCCGCCUACGACGACGAUGCCUGGACAUAUCAGAGGACCCUCGCCAACCUGUCUCAGACCUGCUCCCGGCUUCGCUCCCUGGUCGGCCCGUACGCAUGGCAUACCCUUCAUCUGAGCCAUGACCGUUAUGGUCGUGAAAGGACUCCCGGUGCUAGAGUAUGGCGCGGGAAGUUGACGGAUAUGUUCGAGUAUGUCUUUGCUUCCGAUUGGACAAUGGUUGACGGGAAAAAGGGGACGAAGAAGGGAGUCAAGGGACACCCCCGAAAUACGGAUAACAUCCUUUCAGGAAGCACACCAUUCUACUCUUUUGGUGCUCUUGGUUAUGUUAGACAUGUUGAGCUUGAUCUCUCAGGAGUUCCUGCCCCCAAAAACCCCAAGUGGCUUCUUCGGAUCCUUCGAUACCCUGCCCUCGAGCACCUCGAAGUCACUGUGGACUGCUCCCAUCGGCAGACGCAGGAUCAAGCCUAUGGCAAGGAGAAGGAGGUCUUGUAUCAACAUGGCUUGGAAUUUCCGGCACCAGGCAUCAAAAGGCUGAGAUUUGUUUUUCGCCCAAAGCUCAAAGCCGGCCAUCAUAUUGGCAGCUACGUGCUGGGGGACAUGCACAUCCAGGCGGCUCUGAUGGAUCACUGCCCACGGCUGCAAGAGCUUUGCGUACAUGGUGCAGGCGGGGUCGAGAUAAAGUCUCGGCACCUCGGAAGAGUCAGAAUCAUGCGACUCAUCAAUUGCCGGCUCAGUUUUGCGGACUUGAGAUAUCUCUUGACUCAGGGAGAGAUUCUUGAGACCUUCAUCUUUGCACGAGGAAACGUUCGCAAGGACCGCAUCAUGAGCGAGCAACAGAAUACCCAUUAUUCAUCGACCGAGCAGUUCACACCGUGGCAAGCUGUAUUACUCUUGUGGCCACACAGAAACACUCUGCAGCAUCUCGAGCUGAAACCGUUUUCUAAUUGGGAGAGACACAGCCAAGCAAGGAACGACUGGCCACUCAUGCGUGAAGAAAAGGUGGACUUGCUGGUCCAAAGCCCAGUCAUCAAAACGCUUCGCCACUUUCCCAACCUCAAGACUCUUCACUUGUGCCAAGACGCCAUUCUUGGGCCAUGCCCCUGGAGCAUCAAUUACGGCAGAAAUGCCGGCACAGUCAUCAACAUCCUGAAUGACGACCCAGAAGGCGAAAGGCUGGUCGAGGUACUGCCAUCUUGUCUUGAAGAUCUCCGUAUCACUGGGGUAAGCCAAGAUCUGGCUCCGAGUUUGCUUCGCUUUGCGAGAGAUGCAGACGGAUUCCCUCGCCUGCGCAAGGUCUAUCUGCAUGGAGAGAAUCCCCACGCCGAACUGCUUAGGCACAUGACAGGAACGAAAUAUCUAGCGAACGAAAGGUACCUGUCUCCAGCUUGGCAAGACGUGGAACGAGAUGUUCUGGUGUCACUUGGCCAAACCUUUAGACAAUGGGGUGUCGACUUUGGGUUCGAAGCCAUGGGAAGUGUGGAAGGGUCGUGA